AAGGGCAGGGAGUGACACCCCGAGUGUGCCCGGUGGUGGGCAAUGGAUCCAGGGGGAUGGAGCGGGAUGCUGAGAGUGAGGUGGGCAUGCGGGGUGCAGCCCCCUCGGGCCGCGCCGCUUCCCACGUGGGGCCGGCCCGGGUUUAUGGCCGUUCCUGGCUGCGGGAAGGGCGUUAACAGCCCUGGUCCAGAGAGCAGGGGCUGAGCCGGGCUGAGCCCGUGGCCUUCGCACCUGCCCCAGGGCCCCCGGGGGGGCGCGGUCCGGGCUCUGCCCAGCGCCCCCGGCCCGGCCGCGCCCCCUCCCCACUUUCCUCUGGGGGUGGGUCCCUGUCCCAUGGCAGAAACCCCCGGGGCGAGGGGCGGCCGUGCCCCGGCACUGCCCGGCGUUGGGGGCCGGGGCAGGAGGGAGGGGAGCGGGCACCGGGCGGACGAUGCUGUGCGGUGUCCCGGGAUUGCGGAGUGCCCGUGGAUUGCGGGGUGUCCCGGGAUUGCGGGGUGCCCAUGGAUUGCGGGGUGCCCGUAGAACCGCGAAAUGCCACAGGAUUGCAGAGUGCCGCGGGACUGUGGCUGUGCCGCUCCGGCUCUCAGCACUGCUGGGACUGGAGUGCAUUUGCAGCUGGUUUGGGGGGCGGCUGGGUGGUCCCGCAUGCCUCCGGGGGCCGGGCAGGGGCUCACCCCGCACAGCCCCGGGGUGUCCCGGGCUGGGGCUGCCCCGGCCGCUCCCUGCGAACCCGCCGCGGCCGCCCGGCCCCGCCCGCUGCCUUUCCUCAGGAGGAGGAGGAGGGAGGAAGAGGAGGAGGUGGCAGCGGAGCAGGAACGGCGCUGGAAGGAGUGGGAGCGGGACAGCUCCGACGGGACGGGGGGGACCUGGCUGUGCCCCCCAGCAGUGGAGGAACAGGCUGGUGACCCUGGGAGCUGCUGUGCCGCAGGAAUGGACCGUCCCCACAACCUGCCCCCUCUCCCCGAGCUGUCGGACUCAUCCCUCUUGCCGGGGAAGCUGAGACGCGGCAGGCAGCGGGUCCUGGGGGAGAAGCAGUGGCAGAGCCUGGAAGAGAGGGGAAGUGCCCAGCUGGGGCAGCCCAAGCUCACCAGAUCCAGGACCUAUGAGUCCUCCUGCAAGGAGACAGAGCAGGAGGCCACGGGCAGGCAGGGACCACCAUCCCCUUCGCUGAGCAAGCAGGACAGCAGCUACCGCCGGGCCUUCGGGGAGCUCGCUGAGCAGAACGUGCUGCUGGGCUGCUUCUCCUGUGCCUGGCAAAGAGAGAUGCCCUACCACGGCCGCCUCUACGUGUCCUCCCACCACAUCUGCUUCCACUCCAACCUCUUGAUCAAGGACAUCAAGGCCGUGGUCCCUGUUGACUCCAUCACAGCCCUCAAAAAGACCAACAUGGCACGGCUGGUGCCCAACACAAUCAGCAUCCGCACAGCCAAGGGGGAGAAGUUCCUCUUCGUGUCACUGCGCCAGCGAGAGGCCACGUACCAGCUCCUGAGGUCAGUCUGCAAACACCUGCAGGACAGCGGCCAGAGCCCUCGAGACUCAGUGGACAGUGAGGAAACCCUUAGGAAGUCUCCGAUCUUGAAGCAGUCGGGCCUGGAGCAGAGCACCCCGGAGCCCAACAGCCUCCAAGAGUCCCUGGACGAGCCAAGCCCGAGAUCAAGGCAAGCGGAGGAGGAGGAUGAUGAGGUGGCCCUGCUGGUUCCCAGCAGCAGCGAAUGGGUGCCCUCGGCAGGGACACGUGGCCUCUGGGGGGGACCCCACACGGUGCUCUGCACCUGGGCCACUGCACUUUGGUCCCGGAUACUCCCCCAGCUGAGCCCUCUCAACAUCAUCAUCAUCAUCUAUCUGCUGCUCAUGGUGGCCUUGCUGCUGUCCUCGGGGUACAUCGGUCUGCGCAUCGUGGAGCUGGAGCAGCAGCUGGCAUUCGUGGGGGCUCAGCCAGACCUCAACCUGUCACAGCAGUACAAGACAACGUGAGGCCAGUGAGGACCCGGCCACCUCCAGAGCCCCAGCCGGGGGCUCAGGGGCUGCUCCGAGCCUUCCUUGGCCUCUCAGGGGCCUCUGUCACCGAGUGCCUUCCAGCCCCCCGCGAUGCCUGGGAAGCCCACGUGGGCCGUGAGGCUCCACCUCGCUCUGCCCACCCUGAGCAGCAGCAGAAGGGACCCAGAGAGCUCCCAGCAGGGCACAGAGCAGGGAAGGGGGGCUGGAGUCUGCACCAGCACCCACCCAGCCCUCCCUGCCAAGGGGAGCAGGCAGAGGGGGCCAAGCCACAGGCAAGGCAGGGGUACAGAGAACAGAAUAUUUUAUUAAUAAAGAUUAAUAAAAUCUG